UUUGUUGUAGAAAGUGGAUCGUUAUUUUCAGUUUAAUCUAUUUUUAGGGAAGAGGAAGAUUUAGACCAUCAUUCUAUUCAUAUUAACAUGCUUUUUAACAUUGUUUAACAUUGUUAAAAUAAAAGUUCAUACUGCAGAGAUGCACACGUAUGUUACAUUCGUUGUGUUUUGAAUUUGGAUAUUGGAGUUUAAUCACUUAGGACGCUUUUGCGCAUGCGCGGCGGAUUGAAUGGUUAGCGCAUGCGCGGUACAGACAGGACAGGACUCGUACCUACUGCGAACGCGCGGCGCAAAUCAAGCAGGGGACGCGGAUCGGGCAGCCAUAAGAUGAAAACGCUGGAGUUUUAUCACAUGUUGCAGAAAUAUCUUGCAGAGGGAGAGUUUUUCCCAAACUGCAGCAGAAGAGUGCGAAGUGAUAUACGCCGUGCAUGCGACAAAUUUAUCAUCAAAGAUGGCCGACUGUAUUACGUUGGACCUAACAAGACAUACAUGCGCCUGGUUGUCAUGACUGAGGAUGAAAAGAGGUUUGCCCUAAACGAGUGUCAUGAUAACAGUGAGACUGGCAACCAUCACGGUGUAAGAGGCACCAGAAACAGGGUUAUUGCCGGCUACUACUGGCCAACGCUUAUAAAGGAUGUAACAGAGUGGGUGAAGUCUUGUGAGCGCUGUCAGAGCAACACCAGCAAGAUGGGGAUGCCGGCCGUGCAUGCUGCGAAGAAACCAGUUCCGGUGAAGGUUUUAGUCACCCAUGUUCCCGUCGCUGAUGAAGUCUGUCCUUCAGUAGAUCUAUGUCAAGUACAAGAGGAAGACCUACAUCAAAGCAGCAUAAUUACAACGAUAGAUGGAGCAACAUCUUCGGAAGAAAUAAAGCCUUAUUUCCGAGUGGUGUUGGGAAAGGUCCGGACUCUUCUGGAUCCUCCUUUAGCUCAACAGUUGCUGGGUAAAAAUAACAAUGAACAAAGCACACAAACCUUACACACACCUCACACUCACGCCACAACAGAACUGGAAGCGGACGUCAAUUACAUAUAUAAAAGAUAUUUGCUCCAAGAACUAGAAGUAAGGAAAGCAGACCUCCAAUACACAAAGCUGAAAAUCAGAAAACUGGAGCUGGAAAUAAAGAAAAUGGAGAAAGAAGCUGAACAAGAUCACUAAAAAACAUUUGUUUUGUAAUACAAUAAACCUGAAUUACUAAAUAAGGCUGUAUGAAUGAAUGAAUCUACCUACAAGCGUACAUAUUUAUACAUACACUCACUGGCCACUUUAUUAGGAAUACCUGUACACAUGCUCAUUCGAGGAGGCCUGGGGUGCAGUAGGCGGUUCAGUUAAUCCCACAGUGAAGUUCAGUGGGGUUGAGGUCAGGGCUCUGUGCAGGACACUCGAGUUCUUCUACC